GCCGCGCGCUUUCGACGCCUUCCACCGCGGACCCGCGCAUGCGCAUUAACCGCGUCCGAGUGCCCGAUACAAGAUGGCGGAGUCGGUGGGGAGGGAGAGGCGGAGGCGGGUCCGAACCGAAUAGCGCAAAGCCUAUUGAGGACUCCCGACAAACCUCUCCAAGGUAAGGGAUUCAGCCAUUUAAGAGCAGCACGAAACGCAUAGGCGUGUGGCGGAAUGCACGGGGCACAACAACAUCCCCGGUGUUGCUGCACACGCGCGCAACGCACGCAAUAAACAGGCAUUAUAGUGCGCGGUGAGCGCGGCGCCUAGUAUGCGAGAGCGCGCGCCAUCUUAACGACCGUUUCCACGAAGCAAAAGUGCGCGCCUAAAAUUUGUAAUCGUAACGGUCGAAGUUCGCUGGGGUUUAAAUUCAAUACACUGAUGUCCCCGUGUAUCCUCGUCCUCUCGGUGCCCAAAUGAAGCAAGAUGCUCCGCACUCGGUCUUAUUUUACCCGCUCGUCCCCGCACAUCGGCUCGCGCUGCCGUAGCUCUUUGUUGGAUGUUUUUCUCCUCCUCCUUCGGGUUUGUUUUCGGGCGGCUCGAUCUGGGGUGGGCGGCGUAGCAGGCGCAUGCGUGCCCUUCUUUCGCUCAUUUGCGCUCUUAUUAACUACGAUAAACGCAGUAAAGACGUGUCUAUUCGCGGUGAAUAGAUACAUGAUGUGUUUUCUUAUACCUGUGUUUACUAAACUAAUAAACCCACGGUAAUCUGAUAUCGUCACCGUGCCGCGUUACCGCCACAGUACCUUACCUUUGAGGAAAAACACGGUGUUCGAGUCUUUUCUGAUAACUGUCAACAUUUAAACGCGAGCCUGUGUAAUACCAUGAUGCCAUCUCUUUACAUUUACCAUGAUAAUACCAUGGUACUCGGUCCCUGGAAAUCCCAUACGAAAAAUCACCAUGACAGGACAGAUGAGGAGCUAUGACGAGUGAAAACCACGGAACAGUAACGGCAGACUCGGCAGUGGUCAUGUCGCCCACCGGGUCCACGUCAGAGGCGGCUCCCUUCUCACCCUCCACCAGCAAACCCAUCCAAGAGCUGCCAGAUGAGCUGAUUCAGGCUGGAUGGUCUAAAUGUUGGAGUAAGAGGGAGAAUCGGCCGUAUUACUUCAAUCGGUUCACUAACCAGUCGCUGUGGGAGAUGCCUGUCCUGGGCCAGCAUGAUGUCAUUUCGGAUCCUCUGGGCUUGAACGCGGCUCCAGUCUCUGGCGAGGCCAUAAGUGACGCGGGUCUGGGCAACGGUCAGCGUAAAAGACAUCCAUCAGAGGACACUCAAGCAGGCCCAAACAGUUUCAAGAGGCCAAAGGUUGAGAUUCCAGUCACUCCAACCACUCCCACAGUCCCGAUUUCUCCCAGCACACCAGGAGUCAAACCCUGGGUGACCACCACAGAUGAUAAGCAAGGCCAGACCAGCGUCCCCGCGCCGGCUCCGUACCGGCCCUCAGUGGUGUACUGGGACCUGGACGUUCAAACCAACGCUGUGAUCCGCGAGCGAGCCCCGGCGGACCACCUCCCUCCACACCCUGAGAUCGAGCUGCAGAGAGCUCAGCUCACCACCAAACUGCGGCAGCACUACCACGAGCUGUGCUCUCAGCGUGAGGGCAUAGAGCCCCCGCGGGAAUCCUUCAACCGCUGGCUUUUGGAGAGAAAGGUGGUGGAUAAAGGUCUGGAUCCUCUCUUGCCCAGCGAAUGCGACCCGGUCAUUUCUCCAUCCAUGUUCAGAGAGAUCAUGAACGACAUCCCCAUCAGGCUCUCUCGAAUCAAAUACAAGGAAGAGGCCAGGAAACUCUUGUUUAAAUAUGCAGAGGCGGCCAAGAAAAUGAUUGACUCCAGAAACGCAACUCCUGACAGUCGGAAGGUGGUGAAGUGGAACGUCGAGGACACGAUGAACUGGCUGAGACGAGACCAUUCUGCCAGCAAGGAGGACUACAUGGAUCGACUCGAGCACUUACGGAAGCAGUGCGGCCCUCACGUGGCAUCCGUGGCGAAGGACUCCGUUGAGGGCAUCUGUUCAAAGAUCUACCACAUUUCUGCAGAAUAUGUGCGCAGGAUGCGCCAGGCUCACCUCACUCUGCUUAAAGAGUGCAACAUCUCAGUGGAUGGCACAGAGUCGACGGAGGUCCAGGACCGGUUGGUGUAUUGUUAUCCAGUCAGACUGUCCAUCCCGUCUCCUCCUCAGCCACGUGUUGAGCUGCACUUUGAGAAUGACGUGGCCUGCUUGCGGUAUAAAGGGGAAAUGGUGAAGGUCAACCGCGGUCAUUUCAGCAAACUGGAACUCCUAUAUCGGUACAGCUGUAUUGAUGACCCAAGGUUUGAAAAGUUCCUGUCUCGUGUGUGGUGCCUUAUCAAAAGAUACCAGAUGAUGUUUGGGUCUGGAGUGAACGAGGGGUCUGGUCUGCAGGGGGCGCUGCCUGUUCCCAUCUUUGAGGCUCUGAACAAACAAUUUGGAGUGACAUUCGAGUGCUUUGCGUCUCCUCUAAACUGCUAUUUCAAACAGUUCUGCUCUGCGUUUCCAGACAUCGACGGUUUCUUUGGAUCUCGAGGGCCGUUUCUCAGCUUCUCUACCGUCAGUGGCUCAUUUGAGGCCAACCCUCCAUUCUGUGAGGAACUCAUGGAUGCCAUGGUGACACACUUUGAGGAUCUUCUGGAACGCUCCAGCGAGCCUCUGUCCUUCAUCAUCUUUGUGCCAGAGUGGCGUGACCCGCCGACCCCUGCCCUGACGCGGAUGGAGGCCAGCCGCUUCCGCAGGCACCAGAUGAUCAUGCCUCCCUUCGAGCACGAGUACCGCAGCGGCUCGCAGCACAUCUGCAAAAGAGAAGAGAUCUACUACAAGUCUGUCCAUGGAACGGCAGUCAUUUUCCUCCAAAACAACGCUGGUUUUAGCAAAUGGGAGCCCACCACGGAGCGAAUCCAGGAGCUCCUGGCAGCGUAUAAGCCCUCCGGCCGUUCGUUGCCCUCACCUGGUCCUUCUUCCACUAGUACGGGAGACAAAGACUCCAAACCGGUUCAGGAGCACUUGGCUAGGAGUCAAGACAACAGCAGUCCUGUUGACAAGACUGCUCCGGACACAACAAACAUUUAGACUGCGGCGCUGGGCGUGUGGACACGUGUAUGUAUGUAUGUUCAUUGGAAAGAGUCUUUGAUUGUAUGAGAGGUUUAAUAUUGCGCUGUUGGGUUUAGAUGAGCACCAGGCUUCUAAAUGUUCAUGCGAGAAGAAAGACUCAUGUUUGUUUACUUUCUUCCACCUCUAUUAUUUAAUAUUAUUUGUUUUAGGUUUUCGAGUUACGUUAUCAUAAUUGUUGUGUUUUAUAUCAGUGUAUUGAUAGUUUGGUCACUUUUUUUUGUUGUCUUUUUUUUAAAAGAUGAUUAAUGUAGUCAAGUAUAUCUUAUUCUUUAUUUUUUUUAUUUUUUGGCCUUUUUAGGGUGAAUCUCAUUGAAAUGUCAUUUUACACCAAGAUGGAAAGAAAAAUACUUUGCAGAAAGCCUUUUAAGCUUUUCAUUAGCAUUUUUUCAACAAUGAAGCAAGUUUUGUAGUUGUAAAUGAUGAUUAAACUUACUACAUUUUCAUUUGUUAUACAGUAUUUACUGUAUUACAGUUAAAAAGUUACUAUUACAAUGAUAUUUAAAAGAUGAAAUCAGAAUAAAUUCAACACAGUGCAACUUAAUUGUAUUGGGUUAUCUUAACCACUCAAAUAUAUUUUGCAUUACAGUAGUAUUUUUUUUUUUCUUGCAAUAUGGUAUAUAUAUAUAAAAAAGGUUUCAAAUAGGUUUCAUUUUCUUUCAUGCUAAAUAAAAUAGCAUAUUUCUUUGUUGAUUUUGUGUUGGAAUAAGACGAGCUUUGUGAUAUUCACUCUUUAAUUUUGUGCUUUUCUCACUGGCAGGAUUAGGAAGCUGUCAAUGAGUUGAUACACCGAUGCUUGUAUGUUGUUGUUUUAGAUGAUUCAGAAGAUGAUCGGCGAUCAGGCAGCUAUGUUUAAAUGCCUUCAUCAUGACCUGCAUCAGCGUUAGGGCUUCUCGAAGCGGUCCUCGCGUUCCUUUCUUGAGAGUUGAGAGGUUACGUUUGGUUGCUUCAUGUCAGAAUAUAUACUGUACGUAAUAACAAAAGGUCAGUAAAAAAAAGCUGAAAAAUCAGUCAUCCAUCUGCAGUGAAAGCCAGUCCUUUUUUCUUUUCUUAAAAUAUUGUACAGAACACAAUAACAAAUCGUUCUUAGUUUCUGUGCAGCACAAGCCUGUGAGAACCUCGAGUCCUAAUGUGGCAUUCUGGGUCGCAUCAAUUCUAGCAUUUAGUCCUACCAAUUGGAAAAAUCAAAGUAAAAUUUCUUAUUGGUUAUAAAAGCAUUAUUCCAACCAUUUGUGGUGUGUUAUUGAGAAUGAAUUAGCUCGUAAAAAUGGCGUCGGCCCCUCGUUUUUUUCCAGCGUGUCUUCCUCUCAUUUCGACUGUUUUAUAAUUGAGAGCAAUGACGCGUGGAAAUUAAAAUGAAGCAGUAAAUGAGUGGCUUAUUCUUCCUUUAAUAACUGCAUUGGCGUCCAGUUAUUAGAAUUGGUAGCUACUUCACAGUUUUGUGUAUGUGAAAAGUGCUUUAAAAGUCUACUUUUUUUUGUUUUGUUUUUAUUAUUCUAAUCGUAGACAUUUGUUUACAUGAUAUUGGUUUAAAUUGUAUCACUUGGCAGCGUUUUGAAUGUACAUUUUAAAAAAGAGAAGCGUUAUCGAUGGAUUUGUUGCUACAAUUGGACUUUAAAUGUUACGAUUAUUAACACUACAAUGGUGGAUCUUUAUUUUUUGUUUGGUUUUGUAGGAAUUCAUAUUGUCUACUAUCAUUUUAUUAAGCUCAAUAUCUUCCAUCUGUAGGAAAGGAUUGGUUUGUUUGGUUGUUUUUAUGCAGUGGACUACAUUGUCUUGUAGCCAAACUUUGGAAAUGGCAUUUAUAUUAAGUUUAAAAGCAUUCCAGUGGUUUGAAGUGUAAUGUAACCCAACUUUCCAUUUAUAAAAUCCAAUAUAACCUUGGUUUAAUCCCAGAUUUCUUAAUCCCAGAGUGGAUCACCAGCAAAACUGUAGAUGUUGUACAGAACAUAGCUAUGAAGUUUGUCGCUUUCCUACAUGACUGUUGUGCAUUUAUUUGGAAAAAAACAAACAAACAAAAAAAAAAACACGGAAGAUGUCUUUUUCACCAUGCUUUUUUGUUGGUUUUAAUUUAACGUUUUGGUUCUAAAUGACUGUUUAUGAAUUGUAGAAUUUAUGAAAUGGUUGUUUUAAAUGAAACCAAAGUGUUAUUAAAAGAGGAGGAAUUUAUCUUGUAUCUUAAAGCAGAAUCGUGUACGAUCGCAUCAGUAAUGCAUAAAGUGUAACCAGCAAAAACAUCCAUUUAUCCAUAAUUAACUUUAUUUUUAUAACUCUCUUUUGUUCUUUGUUUUCUUACAAAGGUAUGUUUGGGUUUUUAUUUUGCAUGACCUGAUAUUUUUCAUUACAAAAAACAAAUAAAUUGUACAGCUCUGUAUUGUUUAAUUAGUUGUACGCUUUGCCACACUAGGCUUUUAACCGAUUUGUAUUUAUCAGUCAUGUUGAUUGAUUUAUAUUUGGUCGCCAUUGCGUUUGUUGAUUCAGUGUCCUCUAAAA